AUGAAUGGUUCCCAUAAGAAGAAUGAAGAUCUCUCUUAGAUUUUUGAUUAAAUUAAAGGUGUGGAUGAAAGAAUAUACAGUUUGAUAAUAUGGAUGCUAGGAAAACAGAAUUCUUAAGGCUGGAUGGAAUUUCUUUCAGAAAAUGAAAAUCUAAGACAUCUAGAAGAGUAAAUUUCACAAAGUGACAAUUCAAUACAAGAAGAAAAAGAAUCGAGGAUGGACGUUAUGAGAAAUAACAUCAAACUAAUACUUUAUUUCAUUAUAAAAAUUUAAGAUCAUGACUUUAAUAAAGAAGACUAUUCUGAUGAAGGAUGUUUGGAACAGAGACGGGAUCUAAUAAAAAGUAUAAGAGAUUAAAUGGAGAUCAUCAGAUUUCUGAAAUUCUUAGUUCACCUCACAGCCUAUGUUUAACUUUAAAGUGUGAUAGAUGCUGCUAAAAGCAUGAGAUAUAUUAAUCAGUUUAUAUUUAAAAAGUGUUAUAAGACUAAUACUCAUUCUUUUCAUUUUUUAUAAGACUAAAAGAUGAUUUGA